GAAUCAUCUUUGAAUCUAACUCUCACCGCGUGCCCGUCGUCUAUCUCCUCUAACUUCAUCGCGCGCACUUCGUACAGUAAUUCCUCUAGCCUCUUCUUAAUUAUUAGAUCGAAAUCUACUUCUAACUCGUUUACUAUCCGGUCGAACUCGUCUUCCGCUUUGUUCGCCACGCACAAGGGUAAAGCGGAGAACAAGUCGACACGAGCAUCUAGUGGCCCCUGUUCGUGGAGCUUAUGCAAAAUCGUAAUUUUCUCAGUUCUAAAGAAGUCGCAUCCUAAAAUUAUAUCGCAUUUAAACGCUUUGUUUUCUAACACAUACAGCUUUAUAUUAUACACAUUAUUACCUAACAAUUACAACGAGAUUCCGGUUCAAAACGCGCCUAUGACCUUCAAAGUGCCGUCCCCCAGUCCUUUCAACUUUUGAUCCGAGGGCUCGAGCGCAUUGCCCUCACAGCACUCCGCGUAGCACCGUGUCUUUACAAAGAACAUCGGACUUCCAGUGUCUACCAGAGCUGUCAACUUACAUUUUUUACUUAAUCUUUACAGCCAGCUGCGUUACUGUGACCAACGGCUCUACCAGCUCCAGCCUCGUUCCUUCUUCGAUGACCGCCGCUGCCACCUCAUCGGCCGCCAUCUUUGCUGUCACGCUCGCCGCCGUCUGGGUAGCCGGGGGUUACUUCCUGGAUGCCUGCUGUCCGCCGCCUCUUUGGUCAUUCGGGCAAUCGGCUAUCCGAUGCCUCUUAUGUUUACACAGAAAGCAGUUUGCCCCGGGGAAAACCGCGUCAUCGGUUUCUUGGUCGUGUCUGCACUAGCUUCCAGAAUCGGCUUGACUUCAUCGAGGAAGCACGUUAUUGUAUCCUGCUUAACUGAUAAAGCGGUCCUUAGCAGUGUUCCUGCUGUCAAGAGGCCUUCCUCUGAGGUCGACGCGGAUUGGCCUUUCUUUCGUUCCGUCGUCUCAUUCGCAGUUCCCUGUGCCUUCAUCGGGAAGUCUACUCAAGUGCUCGAUGACGGCCUCCACGAGCGCUAUCUUCUCCGAGACCGCCUCAAUACCAUAACUCAGCCUCUCGCUGGAGCUGCUCCACCGUCAUAGCUUCUAGUCGUUCUCGCACGGAACGUGCCUUCGACGCCAUGCUGAAGCUCCAGUGACUUUCUCACAUAUACACACACACUCUGCGAUAUCGCGAUUCCACGUGCCCCUGCCGUUCUCGUCGGACAAGCACCGUCUCUGCAAUUCACUUGUCCGCGCGUCCGGUUUGCGCAGUUCGUUCACGCGUUUCGAUUUCAUGGAGCCCGAUACGCCUGCCCAUUGCUCCGAGCGCGGCGUUCUCCGGUUGUCCUUGCUCCACACACACGCACACACACACACACACACACACACACACACACACACACACACACACACACUCACACUACGAAUGGCGCGACGCGCUCUUUUGGCGCGCACGUCUUGAUCCCACUUCUGAACUAAAAGACUAAUUUUAACUGCUCGUUUAGAAGAUUCCGCUGGUGGCCGGAAUCUCCUUCUUUUUCCGCUAUCUAGCCGCAACGUCCCUGUUCUCAGGCGGUCCUGUUUCCUUUUCGGGUUCACCCGUUCCUCCGUUUCACCGGAGCACGCUGCGCACACGUGCCCACCGGUUCAAUCUUUGGAAUUAGUGCGGGGCGGGUUAGACAAAUAACCAAACACCGUCAUUAAAACUACUGCAACUAUAGAUAACUUUAUUUUCAAGUACAAGCUUUGGACUAAAACGGAUAUCACAGCAAACGCGGGACUGCCGCCGAACACCACCACAGUUCAAACGAGAGUGCCGAAAUCUCCGCGCCGCGCGCCGGUCGCUAACCAGAAUUUGUUCGCCCCGCUUCGACGCUUUUGGGGAGAAUUCUCGAACGUUCAGCAGUACGUCAUUUCCGCUCGGAGCUCGCGCCGACUCCGAUAUUCCGGAGUUGACCCAGCUGUUAUAGGGAUUAUGUAUUUCUAUUAUGUUACGCGUCGUCGCGGAAGUCCCCACGAGCUUUCGAGGUAAAGAAAAGGUAGUCGUGGCGGUAAUGAACUUUACUAGGAGUAAACUCAACAAACUUUAUUAAAAGAUAUAUGACGCCGGUUACAUGGCGUGAGUCGAUAACAAGAGCUAAUGGCGGACUGACUCGGCAGAAAAAACUGCCGUCGGAAACGAACUGCUUACAGCGCCACGCUGGCGCGGACAAUACGUAAAACUAGAGUGGAAACUCGCUAGUCGCCACAUACUCUUCUCCGAGGGUGCGUUCUUAAAUUCGCAACGAUGCAGCCUGAUACAUCCAGGUGCGUUCUUAAAUUCGCAAUUAUGCAGCCUGAUACAACCAUUUGCAUAACUUAGCCGUUCUUAAUUUAUGGUUGCGCACACUAAUUGAUAUUUAAGUUAAUCUUAGCCGUUCUUAAAUUCGAGUUGCAAGCAGAACUGCCGAAGUUGCUUGCAAUUUUUAGCAUCCCAGUUUAAGAAACUGCUGAAAGUUAAAGGGUGAAAGCAUAUGCGAUGUAAACUAACCCAGAGUAUUUUAGAUUAAGCGAACAUAACAGUGGCAAAAAAUCGGCAUGUUGAUUAUGAUUUAGACGGAUCUUAUUAUUGCGCAGAUAUUCAAUAGUAAAUAUAAAGUAAUAAUUAAGGAAUUAUGUCUAUUAACAAUUAUAAAUAGUAUUAAUAUAUGUGUAAUAAUAACAAUAAUAAUAAUAAAAGUAAUAAUAACAGUAAUAUAAUUAUAUGUAUAGUAAUUUACAUUUAGUAAAUGUAUUAUCCUAUAUAGUAGCAAAAAUAUGUUGACAAUGAGCUCAUAUUGGAUAAACAUUACUUAUAUAUUGGGACAGCAUUGCCCAAUGUUUUUUUCAAUAUUUUCGAAAGUAACGCUAAAAUUGGUUAUAAAAUAUUGAUUCCAAAUUAGAAUUCAAUUAAUGUCCAAUAUGAAAAAUUAAUUCAACAUUGACCAAGCGUUAAACCAAUAUUGAACUAAUUGCUGCUUAAAAACUGGCUAAAUAAGAUGAAGCGUCCACUUUAUAAUAUUGAAUAUUAUUGGGAAUAUUGUCUUUACUUUAAUUCUCAAUAUUGCGUCAAUGUUUUUUGCUACUAGAAUAAAUGUUUAUUAAAUAUAAUUGAAACAUUACAAUAAUUGUUGUAAAUCCUUUUUAAUUUAUAAAUUAAAUCCUAUUGCUCCUAUUUAGCAAUAUCCAUCUAUUUAUAUAUAGAUGGAUAUUGCUAAAAUAGGAGCAAUAGGAGGUUUUCUCACAAUAGCUACAUCUCAAUUAUUUUUUGAAGAGUCUUCAUCUUCUAAUGAAUACGAGGAUGUUAUGCCAUUAUUUGUAAAUAUUAUUUAGCUUUAUUAUUUAAAAUUAUAAUCAAUAAACAAAUAAUAAUAACAACAUUAGUAGUAACAAUAAUAAUAAUCCUUUAUAGUCAAUAUUUAAUACAAGUUUCUUAAAUUUUUAGUUACAAAAAAGAAACGUAUUAAAAGUACUUAAUUUUGAUAAACUAUGUCUUUCCAUGGACGAUCUUACUUUUCGAUCACAUUUUCGAUUAACCAAAAAAA